GUGCCGACCGCAUGGGUGACGAUGGUCCGAAGCGUCCAUUGGAUCGCUCGAGCUACGUCCGAAGUAUGCUUUUCUCCCGGUGCCAACAGGCCAGUGCAUCGCGUGCGAAUUUCCUUCUUGCCUUCAAUGGAUAUUAUCGAAACGUCUGCACCAUCAACUGAGAAGGGGAUCGAUCUAUGGGGUUGGCGCAAGCGCCCGAAAAGGGUGCAUACGCCGCGCCCCUGCUUAGAGACGAGAAUGUUGGUAAAUUUGAUCAAAACAAACCAGUGAGCAUGGAAACUAAGUAGCUUUUAGGGAAUCGUCGUUCUUCUCUUUCCUUUUACACCACUCAUCGAUAGUGAUUUAGUCAACAUGAGCCCUGGUCUCGGACACGAUCCUCUUCCUUCGUACAACAUCACUGCACUAGGUAACACAGCGUUAUGCCUGUGGCAACAACCGCAACACAUACUGUUUCAAUUAGCAAAUUUUUGCUUCGCCCUGUCGUAUUCGGCACCUUCCUCCAGAAAGGGAAUAUUAUUUAUGCAUUCGGUGCUGAUAAUCGGUUUCAUGUUACUGUCUGGUUGGGCAUGGCAUGUGAUUUGUGCACCGGAUAUAUUCUCCUGGAACUUCAGCUUCUUGUUACUGAACAUUGGACAGCUGGUUUAUAUAGUAUAUCAAAUGAGACCAGUUCGAUUCGACCCCGAAUUAGAGGAGGCUUAUCACACUCUAUUUUACCCAUUUAAGGUAUCCCGACUGCAGUUUAAGAGGUUGGUGUCUCCAGAAUUUGCAUCGAUAAUGUCGUUGCACACCGGUGAAGCGUACGCGAUGCAAAAUUUAACCAGGACCGACAGGCUGGGCCUGUUGCUUAGUGGUAAAGUGAAUGUACUCAGCGAUUCGAAUUUCCUGCAUCUUAUAUUGCCUUGCGAAUUUUUGGAUUCGCCAGAAUUUGAGAGUUCUCGAGCAUCUGUCGACGAUAAAUUUAAGGUGUCGAUCGUUGCAGCCAGUUCGUGUAGAUAUUUAUACUGGCAGAGGUCUGCAUUGGAAUAUCUUCUCGUUAAAGAAGCAUAUUUAGCCACAGUCUUAACAACCCUAGUUGCGAGGGACAUCGCUACUAAAUUAUACGCUAUGAAUAACAAGAUUGUUACAGAUAAAGGGUCACAUUUGGACAUAAGGCUUCCAACAAUUAGCGCUGGAUUAUCCAUAAGUGGUGAAUACAGAAGUCCAAGAGCAUCCAGGCAAGCACUGAUCCGUAGGAAAGAAUCAACUUUAACUUCAGACAAUGGGUGCGUUAAUUUGAAAGAUCGUUCAGUGAAUAAUCUAUCGAAGAAAGGAGUUCCAAAUAUGGAACCGUUACCAGAAAUGCCAUCCUGUGACGACCUGGCGUCAAGUGGCGUCGAAAGUUGGCUGGAUUCAUCGAGCAAGUAUCACAGUUGUGAAAUUGUUGACGAAGAAUAACAGGAGGCCUCCUUAACGCCGGACACAUUUUACGAAGGAGACAGCGAUUAGUGUCCGCGUUAAGGAUUUGCAUAAUCUUUGAGAAGAAGACUGCAGUUUCUUUUUUUUUUUUAAA